AUGACUGGGGCAGUUAAUGAUGUCAUUGAUGACGGGACAGUUAAUGGUGUCAUUGAUGACGGGGCAAUUAAUGGUGUCAUUGAUGACGGGGGCAAUGACACGGGACGUGGCCAAGGGGCGUGGCCAAGGGGCCUCUGGUGGCUCCUGGCUCCCUCAGCCUCUGGUGGCUCCUGGCUCCCUCGGCCUCUGGUGGCUCCUGGCUCCCUCGGCCUCUGGUGGCUCCUGGCUCCCUCGGCCUCUGGAGGCUCCUGGCUCCCUCGGCCUCUGGAGGCUCCUGGCUCCCUCGGCCUCUGGAGGCUCCUGGCUCCCUCGGCCUCUGGAGGCUCCUGGCUCCCUCGGCCUCUGGAGGCUCCUGGCUCCCUCGGCCUCUGGUGGCUCCUGGCUCCCUCGGCCUCUGGAGGCUCCUGGCUCCCUCGGCCUCUGGUGGCUCCUGGCUCCCUCGGCCUCUGGUGGCUCCUGGCUCCCUCGGCCUCUGGUGGCUCCUGGCUCCCUCGGCCUCUGGAGGCUCCUGGCUCCCUCGGCCUCUGGUGGGUCCUGGCUCCCUCGGCCUCUGGUGGCUCCUGGCUCCCUCGGCCUCUGGAGGCUCCUGGCUCCCUCGGCCUCUGGUGGCUCCUGGCUCCCUCGGCCUCUGGAGGCUCCUGGCUCCCUCGGCCUCUGGUGGCUCCUGGCUCCCUCGGCCUCUGGUGGGUCCUGGCUCCCUCGGCCUCUGGUGGCUCCUGGCUCCCUCGGCCUCUGGAGGCUCCUGGCUCCCUCGGCCUCUGGUGGGCUCCUGGCUCCCUCGGCCUCUGGUGGCUCCUGGCUCCCUCGGCCUCUGGUGGCUCCUGGCUCCCUCGGCCUCUGGAGGCUCCUGGCUCCCUCGGCCUUUGGUGGCUCCUGGCUCCCUCGGCCUCUGGUGGCUCCUGGCUCCCUCGGCCUCUGGUGGCUCCUGGCUCCCUCGGCCUCUGGAGGCUCCUGGCUCCCUCGGCCUCUGGUGGCUCCUGGCUCCCUCGGCCUCUGGAGGCUCCUGGCUCCCUCCUCUGGUGGCUCCUGGCUCCCUCGGCCUCUGGUGGCUCCUGGCUCCCUCGGCCUCUGGUGGCUCCUGGCUCCCUCGGCCUCUGGUGGCUCCUGGCUCCCUCGGCCUCUGGUGGGUCCUGGCUCCCUCGGCCUCUGGUGGCUCCUGGCUCCCUCGGCCUCUGGUGGCUCCUGGCUCCCUCGGCCUCUGGUGGCUCCUGGCUCCCUCGGCCUCUGGUGGCUCCUGGCUCCCUCGGCCUCUGGUGGCUCCUGGCUCCCUCGGCCUCUGGUCGGCUCCUGGCUCCCUCGGCCUCUGGUGGCUCCUGGCUCCCUCGGCCUCUGGUGGCUCCUGGCUCCCUCGGCCUCUGGUGGCUCCUGGCUCCCUCGGCCUCUGGUGGCUCCUGGCUCCCUCGGCCUCUGGUGGCUCCUGGCUCCCUCGGCCUCUGGUGGCUCCUGGCUCCCUCGGCCUCUGGUGGCUCCUGGCUCCCUCGGCCUCUGGUGGCUCUGGCUCCCUCGGCCUCUGGUGGCUCCUGGCUCCCUCGGCCUCUGGUGGCUCCUGGCUCCCUCGGCCUCUGGUGGCUCCUGGCUCCCUCGGCCUCUGGUGGCUCCUGGCUCCCUCGGCCUCUGGUGGCUCCUGGCUCCCUCGGCCUCUGGUGGCUCCUGGCUCCCUCGGCCUCUGGUGGCUCCUGGCUCCCUCGGCCUCUGGUGACUCCUGGCUCCCUCGGCCUCUGGUGGCUCCUGGCUCCCUCGGCCUCUGGUGGCUCCUGGCUCCCUCGGCCUCUGGUGGCUCCUGGCUCCCUCGGCCUCUGGUGGCUCCUGGCUCCCUCGGCCUCUGGUGGCUCCUGGCUCCCUCGGCCUCUGGUGGCUCCUGGCUCCCUCGGCCUCUGGUGGCUCCUGGCUCCCUCGGCCUCUGGUGGCUCCUGGCUCCCUCGGCCUCUGGUGGCUCCUGGCUCCCUCGGCCUCUGGUGGCUCCUGGCUCCCUCGGCCUCUGGUGGCUCCUGGCUCCCUCGGCCUCUGGUGACUCCUGGCUCCCUCGGCCUCUGGUGGCUCCUGGCUCCCUCGGCCUCUGGUGGCUCCUGGCUCCCUCGGCCUCUGGUGGCUCCUGGCUCCCUCGGCCUCUGGGGUGCUUCAUGA